UCUGCUGGCAGCAGAAGGUUCGCUCCAAGAGGAGCUCCAGAAGCUCCCGAGGAGAAAGAGAGAGAGACAGAGAGACAGAGAGACCGAGAGAGGCAGGAAGGGGCGAGAGCGCAGGUGAAGGCGGCAGGGGAAAGGACAGGAGACCGUAGCGUAACGGUCCGGGGAGCCUUUCGGGACAAACCGAGGGGCUCUCUGGCCACAGGAAGGAGAAAGGAGAGGGUCUAUUGCAGGCUGCCAGGUGUCUUCUACCCUCAGCGAGCAGGUCCAGGAGGGAGAGAAAUCAGGAGAACGGGGAAAGGGUGGGAGUCCAAGGGAAACCCUGCGGAGCCCCCUUCGGAAUAAUCCCCCCUGGUGAGCGCGUCCCGGGGGCUGACAGCAACGGCGGCGGCAGCUGGGCGGCUGGGGCCGGGGUGGCGUCCGGAGCGCGAGGAGCAGGAGGAGGGCGCUGGAGGCCGGACGCGCUCGCGAGCGGCGGCGGCGUGGAGUAAGCCGAGGGGCGGCGCGCGCCGGCCGGCGGAGGCCAGAGCGCAGCUCCGGGAGCGGAUCCUCGCCGCCUCUGCAGCCUGCGCGGCCGCGGCCGGACCCGAGCGAGGCCUGAGCGCCGUGCGGAGCGCACCCGCCUCCCCGCGGCGCGCAGGGCUCGCCCCCCGCGCGCGCACACGCGCCCGCGCACACGCACACUCACAGACACACGCUCACACACGUGUGCGCUCCCCCGCUCCGCGGCCGCUGCAGCUCCUGCUCUCAGCGCCGCAGUGGAAGGCAGGGCCGAGCCGCUCCUUCUUUAAAUAUAUAAAUUACAGCCCGGGCCAGCCUCGGCGGCCCACGUUAGAGCGCUCCCGGCGCCCCUCCCGCCGGGCCGCCGGCUGCCAGCCCCGGGACCUUUUCAUCUCUUCCCUUUUGGGCGGAGGAGCCGAGUUCAGAUCCGCCACUCCGCACCCGAAACUGACACACUGAACUCCGUUCCCUCAUCUUACAUUUAUUUCUGCCUAAUAGCUGCUCGCCUCUUUUUUUUUCUCCCCACCUCGUCACUCCAAGAAAACUUUUUCUUACUCCCCAAAGUUAGGUUUCCCCCUGCGCAUCGUGUAUUAAUAUUUCCACUUUGGGAACUACUUGCAUUUUCUUUUUAAGGGAAUUCAAGCAAGAUACCUUUUUCUUUGGACAUUGACUUUAGUUUGUUUGCAAAAGUUUCGCAUUAAAAAAAAAAAUUACCUGGUCAGUACUUUGAGAGUUGUGGGUUCAUUUUUUUUUCUUAAAUUUUUUACUUCUUUUUUUGUUUUUUAAACUUUUUCCACCGUAAAAAAAAAUGCACUACUGUGUGCUGAGCGCUUUUCUGAUCCUGCAUCUGGUCACGGUCGCGCUUAGCCUGUCUACCUGCAGCACGCUCGAUAUGGACCAGUUCAUGCGCAAGAGGAUCGAGGCAAUCCGCGGGCAGAUCCUGAGCAAGCUGAAGCUCACCAGCCCCCCAGAAGACUAUCCUGAACCCGAAGAAGUCCCCCCGGAGGUGAUUUCCAUCUACAACAGCACCAGGGACUUGCUCCAGGAGAAGGCGAGCCGGAGGGCGGCCGCCUGCGAGCGUGAGAGGAGCGACGAGGAGUACUACGCCAAGGAGGUUUACAAGAUUGACAUGCCGCCCUUCUUCCCCUCGGAAACUGUCUGCCCAGUUGUUACAACACCCUCUGGCUCAGUGGGCAGCUUGUGCUCCAGACAGUCCCAGGUGCUCUGUGGGUACCUUGAUGCCAUCCCACCCACUUUCUACAGACCGUACUUCAGAAUCGUCCGAUUUGACGUCUCGGCGAUGGAGAAGAAUGCAUCCAAUUUGGUGAAAGCGGAGUUCAGAGUCUUCCGUUUACAGAACCCCAAAGCCAGAGUACCUGAACAGCGGAUCGAACUGUAUCAGAUUCUCAAAUCCAAAGAUUUAACGUCUCCAACCCAGCGCUACAUCGACAGCAAGGUUGUGAAAACAAGAGCAGAAGGCGAAUGGCUUUCCUUUGAUGUAACUGACGCUGUUCAUGAAUGGCUUCACCAUAAAGACAGAAACCUGGGAUUUAAAAUAAGCUUACACUGUCCCUGCUGUACCUUUGUACCAUCUAAUAAUUACAUCAUCCCCAAUAAAAGUGAAGAACUAGAAGCAAGAUUUGCAGGUAUUGAUGGCACCUCCACAUAUACCAGUGGUGAUCAGAAAACUAUAAAGUCCACUAGGAAAAAAACCAGUGGGAAGGCCCCACACCUCCUGCUAAUGUUGUUGCCCUCCUACAGACUUGAGUCACAACAGUCCAACCGGCGGAAGAAGCGUGCUUUGGACGCAGCCUAUUGCUUUAGAAAUGUGCAGGAUAACUGCUGCCUUCGUCCGCUUUACAUUGACUUCAAGAGGGACCUAGGGUGGAAAUGGAUACAUGAACCUAAAGGGUACAAUGCCAACUUCUGUGCUGGAGCAUGCCCGUAUUUAUGGAGCUCUGACACUCAGCACAGCAGGGUUCUCAGCUUGUAUAACACCAUAAAUCCAGAAGCUUCUGCUUCUCCUUGCUGCGUGUCUCAGGAUUUAGAACCGCUCACCAUCCUUUACUACAUUGGCAAAACACCCAAGAUCGAACAGCUUUCCAAUAUGAUCGUAAAGUCUUGCAAAUGCAGUUAAGAUUCUGGGGGGAAAAAAAGUGGCAAGACGAUGAUCACAAAGAUAGGAUGAUGACGAAAACGACAGUGUGUGUAACAAGGAAACAUAAGAGAGCCUUGCUUCAUCAGUGUUAAAAAAAAAAAAAAUCUGAAAAAGCGGUACCAGUUCAAACACCUGGGAAGUCUGUGUUCUGUUAAAACUGGCAUCUGAAACAAAAGAAAAAGUCGAAGGCUUAAUCUACAUUUCACCAACUCUGUGAGAGAGACAAGAAGCAAAACCUUUUUUUUUUU